AUGUCCAUCUCCAUUUGGCGGCGGCUGCUGUUUCUAUUCCUGGUUUUUACUAGUGUGUGUGUCAACUUGGGGCAGCAAUUUCCAGAAGAAGAUGAGAAUGAUGAAAAGAGUCUCUUUGAUGACCUCUCCCCAGAGGCAGAAAGCCUCAUCUUAAGUUCCCUUUUCGGAAACGUAGAAAAUGCAGAAGAGGAUCUGGAUAAAGAGCCGGUUUGGAUCACCAAAAGGCAGCACCCUGGGAAGAGGAUGAUAAUGGAUUUGGAGAAGAGACAACAUCCUGGCAGAAGAUCUCUCUCGGAUCAAAUCCUCAGCAUUCCAAGCAGCCAGCUAACUUAUCUGAAUGAAUUAUCCAAAAGGCAACAUCCGGGCAAGAGGUACUUGCCUUACAACAAGCGACAGCACCCUGGCAAGCGAGGUUGGGAUGAUGAGACUGAGAGUGAGGAAACCUUAGAGAAGCGCCAGCAUCCAGGCAAGAGGUAUCUGGGUUCACAGACCCCAGACAAUAAUAUUCUCUGUGACCCACAGGAGUCCUCUGAAUGCAGCAAAAGUAGCCUGCUGCUAGAGUUGCUAGAUAAGAUAAGAAAAGUCCACAGUGAAGAGAAGAGGCAGCACCCUGGAAGAAGUUCUUUGUUGGAUGGUGAAAUAGAAGCAGAGGAGUGA